GAGCCUCUCCGUGUUCCCGGCACUGCUGCUGUCCCGCAUGCCCAGCCGGGCAACCAGUGGGCCAGGACGACCUCGCCACCAGACCGGGUCGGUGCAGGAGUGGUGGCAGCCAGGAGAACCCCCCGGGGACUCAGCGAUGCUGGGACUGCACCCGCAGCCGCUCCAGGACCGGUGAGCAGGGUGGGGGAAAGCCCCAUGGGGCUUCAUCUGCUUGAGGGGCCGGGCCAGCAUGGAGCCAGCCAGCGCCCUUCCCAACACCUCCGGUAAUGGCAGCGGUGCCAGCAGCGCCCCACACUCACCUGCAGCCACAGGACUCAUCUUGCUGGCUGCCCUGGCCGUCCUGCUGGCCACACUGGUGGGCAACGCCCUGGUGGUAGUGGCCAUCUCCACCAGCCGGGCCCUGCAAGCCCCACAGAACCUCUUCCUCGUGUCCCUGGCCUCGGCAGACAUCCUGGUGGCCAUCCUUGUCCUGCCCUUCUCGCUGGCCAACGAGGUGAUGGGCUACUGGUACUUUGGUGGGCUGUGGUGCAGCCUGUACCUGGCGCUGGACGUGCUGCUCUGCACCGCGUCCAUCGGGCACCUCUGUGCCAUCAGCCUCGACCGCUACUGGGCCGUCACACGGGCGGCACGGCUCAACCUGCGCCGCAGCCCGCGGCGGGUGAAGGGCAUGAUCGGGGCGGUCUGGGCGGCGGCGGCCCUGGUGGCACUGCCACCGCUCCUGCGGCCACGGCCGGGUGGGCGAGAGUGCCAGCUGAGCCAGGAGACCUGGUACGUGCUGGCCUCCUGUGCCGCCUCCUUCUUCAUCCCCUGCCUCGUCAUGGUCGCUGUUUAUUGCCGCAUCUACCGCCUGACUGCCCGGCGGACGGCCGCCCUGCUCGCUGCCCGCUCCCCACGCCCCACCAGUGGUGAAGGAAAGGUGUCGGGAGUUGGGAUGCCGGGAUGGCGGCACCGGAGCCAGCACCAGAGUGUGUUGCUGUGCCGCCAGCGGCUGGUGCGUGCGCGGGAGCGGCGCUUCACCGUCGUGCUGGCUGUGGUGAUGGGCGCCUUCGUGCUGUGCUGGUUCCCCUUCUUCUUCACCUACAGCCUAGGGGCUCUCUGUGGGCAGGGCUGUCACAUCUCCAAGCCCCUCUUCAACUUCUUCUUCUGGAUCGGCUACUGCAACAGCAGCGUCAACCCCCUCAUCUACACCCUCUUCAACCGGGACUUCCGUGCUGCCUUCCGCCGGCUGCUCGCCGUCCCGCACCGGCACCGCACUUAGGGACCCUUUGGGACACCAGGGACGUGGCCCCCAGCCCUGCUCAGCGUUCACAGCACCUGGCCCCAGCACAGACCCUGGAUGGCAGUGCCAGUGUGCAGCUCGAGGUGCCUCUGGAAA